UCAGAGUACUAUUGGCAGCAGUGCACAAUGCACAUUGCGUGCGUACGUACCUAGCCGGCAAUAACAGAGCAUCAACAAGCAGAGCAGAAACAGAGCACGCUCCCUUUCUUACUAAAAUCCCUACCGUGGUUGCUAAAAUAUCUUCAUUUUUUCCUAACAUAUUCGAAACCAUUAUAGCUUUAGCUGCGAAAACAUUACAAUAUCGACACGUUCUUUGCUACCUUUUCAUUAACUGUGUUCCUCUUCAGCUGUAAUGGAAGAGCAAAGUAAUGAAGAGAUCCCUGUGCAACUAACAUCCUGUGACACUGGGGGAACAACCAAUGAUGUCUCUCACUCAGCUGAGGGUCAUCUCAUUCCCAACCCAAAAUUUUUUAUUGCAGCAUCAUCUGGAAGAAAUGAGAGCCACUGGACUUGCUUUCCAAAACCAUCCCAUAACUAUGUUAAGUAUCUUUCAGAAUCCUCAACUUACUUGCCUAACACUUCCACUGAUUACAUGAUGGGGGGUAGUUAUCUACCUGUUGGCAGCAUCACUGAUGGCAACGUGGUUAAUGGAUCAGACAGAAACUUCUUUUACAAUGAUCCAGGGAAAGUCUGUGCCUUUAAGCCUAUUGGUUCUUCAAGUAAUGACCUUGAAAUUAAGAAGCAGGUGGGGUUUUGGAGGGCUGAUGAAGGAGAGGAAGUGAUUAAAGUUGAAACUGAAAGUAGUCAAAAUUUUCUUUAUGCUGAGAGUCAUCCUUUAUGGACAGCAGAUUCUCUUGGAGAUAAGCAUAAUGCUUUACAUGAUCCAAUGGUAAUGGUUGGUGCACCUGCUUCACUUCCCAAAUCAGGAUCCAGCUCCUCAAAAGAGAAAGCACGUGUCACUGACCGUCAACGCAGGCAACGUAUCGCUGAUAACCUCAAAGCCUUACAUGAAUUGCUUCCAAAUCCAGCAGAGGGAAGUCAAGCGUACAUACUGGACGAUAUUAUUGACUAUGUCAAAUAUUUACAGCUUCAAAUAAAGGAACAAAGUGGAAGUAGAUUGCAAGAAGAAUCAACUGGUAUACCACUAGUUUUUCAUGAGGGUUACGGUCAUUAUAUCAACCAACAGAUGCUGAAUGAACCCCUUGAGGAGAUAAUGGGGAAACUACUUGAAGAACAUUCUGCAGGAGCUGGUCAGCUACUAGAGAGCAAGGGUCUUUUCCUGCUGCCUAUGGCUUUGGUUGAUGAUUUGAGUGAGGCUAUGCAAACGUUUGGCGAGAGUGCUCUAGUCUGAUACAAGCUUUCUUGUAUUUAUUUUAGUAUUCACUAUGGAUAAUUUCUACUAGACAGUGGCAGUAGUAUGAUUAUUAUCUUUGUUUGUUACAGACUACAGUUACAUCUAUGACUUCUUCCAAACUUUGAAAAUUUCUGCCAACUCAAUUUAGCACAG